GCAGGGCUGCCGCCGCUGGGAGCCGGAGAAGGGGAAGAGCCUGAGUGGGGCGGAGGAGUCGCAGCGAGGAUUCCGAGCGGGGACCCCAGGAGGCUGCGCUGCGCCGCGCCGCUCCGGCCCGGGCGCCCAACCGACCGGCCAUGCCGAAUAAAAACAAGAAGGAGAAGGAACCUGCAAAAUUGGGCAAAAGUGGAAAAAGUGGUAAAGAUGGACAAGAGAACCAAGAACAUGAGGUGUCAAACAAAAAAACAAACAGCGCUCCUCCCCCAGCACAAUUAUCUAAAAUCAAAGUACCUGCUCCACAGACUGUACUGAAGAAGGAAAAACGGCAGAGUUCUUCAAGGUUUAAUGUUAGCAAUAACAGAGAACUCCAAAAACUGCCAGCUUUAAAAGAUGUUCCUCCUGCUGAGCAAGAAAAGCUUUUUAUUCAGAAGUUGCGACAAUGUUGUGUUCUUUUUGACUUCGUUUCUGAUCCACUGAGUGACCUUAAGUGGAAGGAAGUAAAGCGAGCUGCUUUAAGUGAAAUGGUAGAGUACAUCACACAUAAUCGCAAUGUGAUCACAGAGCCCAUUUACCCUGAAGUAGUGCAUAUGUUUGCAGUUAACAUGUUUCGAACAUUACCACCAUCUUCUAAUCCAACGGGGGCAGAAUUUGAUCCAGAGGAAGAUGAACCAACUCUAGAAGCUGCCUGGCCUCACCUACAGCUUGUUUAUGAAUUUUUCUUAAGAUUUUUAGAAUCUCCAGAUUUCCAACCUAAUGUAGCUAAGAAAUAUAUUGAUCAGAAGUUUGUAUUGCAGCUUUUAGAACUCUUUGACAGUGAAGAUCCUCGGGAAAGAGAUUUUCUUAAAACUACUCUUCACAGAAUAUAUGGGAAAUUCUUAGGCCUAAGAGCUUACAUCAGGAAACAAAUUAAUAAUAUAUUUUAUAGGUUUAUUUAUGAAACAGAACAUCAUAAUGGCAUAGCAGAAUUACUGGAAAUAUUGGGAAGUAUAAUUAAUGGAUUUGCCUUACCAUUAAAAGAAGAGCACAAAAUUUUCUUAUUGAAGGUGUUAUUACCUUUGCACAAAGUGAAAUCGCUCAGUGUCUACCACCCACAGUUGGCAUACUGUGUAGUUCAAUUUUUAGAAAAGGACAGCACGCUUACUGAACCAGUGGUGAUGGCACUGCUCAAAUACUGGCCAAAGACUCACAGUCCAAAAGAAGUCAUGUUUUUAAAUGAACUAGAGGAAAUUUUAGAUGUCAUUGAACCAUCUGAAUUUGUAAAGGUUAUGGAGCCUCUUUUCAGACAGCUAGCCAAAUGUGUGUCCAGUCCACACUUCCAGGUGGCAGAACGAGCACUAUACUACUGGAAUAAUGAGUACAUUAUGAGUUUAAUCAGUGACAAUGCAGCAAAGAUUUUGCCCAUCAUGUUUCCAUCAUUGUACCGAAAUUCAAAGACACAUUGGAACAAGACAAUACAUGGCUUGAUAUACAAUGCUCUGAAACUCUUCAUGGAGAUGAACCAAAAACUGUUUGACGACUGCACACAACAAUUUAAAGCAGAAAAACUGAAAGAGAAGCUAAAAUCGAAGGAAAGAGAAGAAGCAUGGGUUAAAAUAGAAAAUCUAGCCAAAUCAAAUCCCCAGUACCCAACAUAUAGUGACACCAGUGUGCUGAACAGUCCUGUUGCAAUGGAAACAGAUGGGCCUUUAAUUGAAGAUUUACAGAUGCUGAAAAAGACAGUGAAAGAGGAGGCGUGUCAGGCACAGAGAGAUCAGAAAAAGGAUCGUCCUCUUAUGCGACGCAAGUCAGAACUGCCUCAGGAUAUCUACACCAUGAAAGCCUUGGAAUCCCAUUGCAGAGCUGAUGAGCUAAUAUCACACGAUGGGCAUUAGACUAUUACAGUGAAAUAUUAUUUUGGAGGAAAACUUUUUUCUGGACUCGGUUCUACAGUAGAGAACUUACUUUUUUGUGCCAUACCAAUCAGUUACACAAAAGUCAAAGCUUUCUUCAACCCAGUUCUGUAGGCAAUAACUUAAUACAGUAUGCAGCUCAAGAUUAGUAGUUCAAACAAUGGUAAAUUACUUGAUUCCAUAUGCAGAACCAUGGGUUGACUAGUAUUAGGUGGCCACGUUUUUCUGGUGGUGUUGUCAAAGUACCAGUUGGUAACAUGCAUAGUUUUAUAGUAGUACUUGAGAAUAACAUUCUGUAAGUUAUUUCCACCAAAAUUGAAGUCAUUUGAAUGACUGAUAGUUGGUACUAUGAUAACACUGUUUUCAAAAGCAAAAUUCUUUCAGAUUUAAGUAUUACAUGUUUUUCUAAGACUUCUCAACUUUGAAAUUGUUUCCACAUUACUAUUGUCUUGUAAUAUACCAGCAGUUUUGAAAAUAUACAGUUCUUUACUUUCCUAUUAUAAAACACAGCUUACAAAAUGGUAACUUCAUGACAAUCCUCAAUCAUGGUUGCUUUCUAAGAGUUCUGUAAAUUGUUUCUUUACUUAGGAUAAAGACAUAUAUAUACCAUGUCCUAGUACUUUACAUGUAUUUAAAGCCAUAUUUUCCAGUCUUUAGUAUGUAAUACAGCACCAGUAUUCCAAAAGUCAAUUGGUAGAAGAAUUUGUUUCCUAAAAUGAAAAUUUAUCUACCUUGACUGGGAAUAAAUUGAAUAUAAAAAUAUUUAUAUUUUGAUUUUCAUUCCUUGUUUUCAGUUUAGUAAAACACUGUUUCUCCCUUAUCUGAGCUUUUAAUACUCAGCAUUUUUUCUUGGGCUCUAAGAGUUCAAUAUUCUGUGGCAGAUACCAUGAUGUCAUUUAAGUUGCAUUAGUCUUCUCAGACAGACAAACAUUGUUGCCUUUCAGUGAAACACAACACCAAUAGCUUGUAUUAUAAAGUAAAAACAGGUAAAAGAUGUGAGUUUAAGAGCUGAUAAAUCAACAGUGACCGUAGUUUUACGUGAAUAUAUUUUUGUGUGUUGUAAAGAGCACAUAUAUUACAAAUACACCUCACAGGUAAAAUGAAAAUGCAUCUGAGUUGCUGAUGAUCUUCAAAUGCUGCUAUAUAUUCCACAAGAUUACUUGCAUGUAAUGAGCUUUUUGUUGUAGAUGGAAAAGCACGGGAGGAAAAUCUCUUUAAACAUAUAGUGCUUUGUCUUCAAUAUUUGAUUUCUCUCAGGGUGGCCAGUAUUUUGACUUACUUAUCCUGCUUAAGAGCUGUUUGAGAUGUGUUCUGCUAUUCUAAAUGGGUGACUAGUUUCUUUUGUCUCUGGCAGUAACAUAAUAUAACUUUAAUGUUUAAUGUCUUGAUGCAUAAACAGAUAAAAAUGUGGCUUCUUUAAAAAUAGUUUGUUUUAUUUUUAAAAAAAAAAGUCUCCUGCAUCCAUAAAAAUAUUGUGCAAAGCAGACAUU